CACUGGACUUCCUAUUGCACCAUAGUGGAUCCAAGUCCUACUCGAUGGAUGGAGACGAUCCGGGCUUUCCAGUUUCAACAGGGACACGGAAAGAGUUUUCAUAACAACAUAUUCCUUUCGUGUCCUCUCACGCGCUCUCGCGCUCUCUCGCUCUCUUGCAGACAAUUGAAUUGCUUUGUUCAUCUGCGGACUCGUGGCGACCAAACUCAACCAAAUCAAUCUUCUCUGCAAACGGGACAGAAGAACCCUAAAAUUCAGAGAUGAUGCAACAGGGAGAUUACGGCUCUCCUUAUUAUCAACAAUACCAUCCACCAUCUCACUUUCAAAACCCUAACCCUAACCCUAACCCUAACCCUAACCCUAGUCCUCCUACCUCAAUCGAUCCGCAGCCCAAUCCUUUGCCGACGACCUACGCCUCUGCACCUCCUUUCUCAUCCAACCAUUCUUCAUCAUCCGAUUUCCCUGGCUUCUCCUCUCCUUACCCUCCCUAUUCCCAGAACUCCGAUCCUGUUUCCACCCUCCCUUCCAGCGCACCUUCCUAUGCUCAAAACCCCAACUUCCAGUUCAUCAAUCCCUCCCCUCAGCCUUCUUCUCCCUACCUGUCUUUCCCUCCGGCACCGGCACCGGCACCGGUACCGGUAGCAGAGCCCCAGGCGCCUUAUCCACCGACGCUACAACAACCUUCCUAUUACCCAGCGUAUGAUCAGCAUCUGGCGUCUACGAAUUAUGGCCCUUCUCCACCCCCACCCUCUUCGAUUCCUCCAACCAACACGAAUCCAUCGUUCUCGGCGCCAUACUCGACCUCCUCCUACACCCAACUCGGUUCUUCGGUGCCGCCCCACAUGUACGAUAAUGCUUACGAUGGCGGCGUGAAGUUCGAUCAUGGCGUCGGUGGUGGUGGUUAUCUCGAUGACAAUUCCGCACGGUAUGGAGGUCAAGGCCUGUAUGGUGGAAGCCGGUCUGAUAUGGGGUCGGAUUUCCACGACAAGAGACCCGACAGCGCUGCCCAUUACGAUCGAGGUGGUCUACGUGAUGAUGCCGGCCAUGGAGAUGGUGUCUAUGCCUAUGAUGGGGGUAGGAUGGAGCCCUACGGUGCUCGAGGCACUGCCCCCAAGUCAUCAACUUGGUCGGCGACGGCUUUUGAUGAUUAUGGGAGAUCCUUGAGCUUCCCCUCGUCCGGGAAGGAACAGGUGACUUCUGUUUCUGCCAAGAUUGUGAGAGCUGUUCCAAAGUCAGAGGCGCAGCAGGACGUCAAGAACGGAGUGCUGAAAUUCAGGGUUAAGCUUCUCCCCGAAGGCUCGAGUCAGGGGACCAUGGAUGUUCUUUGCCAGAUUGGUUUGGAUGGGAUUCGUAUGCUUGAUCCCAAUACUAGUCGGACGUUGAGAAUAUACCCACUUGAGACUGUGACAAGAUGGGAAGGCAACUCGUCAAUCUUUGCUUUUUGGUCCAAAAGCUCUGUUGACAUUGAACCAAGACGCAUAAGGCUGCAGUCAAACAACUAUACUACCAACACCAUUCUUGACACAGUGACUGCUGCAACUGUUCAGCUGAAGGAGAUGAGUGGAAGUUUUAAGACUUCUGAUUCUGUAAAGACUACUGAACAACCUACUGAGAGGAAGAAAGGUUUUGUUGAUUGGGUGAACUUGAUAAAGCCUGGCAAUGAGGAGAAAGAUCAUUGGGUCCCAGACGACGCGGUUACCAAAUGUACAGCUUGUGGGACAGAUUUUGGAGCUUUUGUGAGGAGGCAUCACUGCCGAAACUGUGGGGAUAUUUUCUGUGAUAAAUGCACCAGUGGUAGAAUUGCGCUUACUGCAGAAGAGACUGCUCAGCCUGUUAGAGUUUGUGAUCACUGCAUGGCGGAAGUUACCGAAAGGCUGAGUAGUGCAAAAGAAUCAGCCAGCAAGCCUGCUGUAUUGGAGACUCAUGAGGAUCUUGCAAAGAAGCUUCAGGAGGAAAUGGACCGAAACCGCAAGGCAUCAUCAGGUUCAAAAUCUGAAGGAUCUGGGAGGCGGAUGAGGGAAGUUGCUUGCCCUACUUGUACGGUACACUUACAGGUCCAAGUUCCAAGCUCUGGUUCUGAGACCAUUGAGUGUGGGGUUUGCCAACACCCAUUUCUUGUUGGUGCUCAUUGAGCCGCCUCAAAACACUACCAUUACAAAGUUCCAGCAACUGCAGUAAAAUUGACACUCAAGCGAUUAUCUUCAUGGUUUUAAUUUUCCAUUCUGAUUUGAUCGACUGACUCCGGUUGCGUUCAAUAUUAAUAAGCGACUGAUUUUUGGAGUUUGUAUAUAUUAUCUCCAGUUAUGUACAUCUCUGUUGAGCUUUUUAGGUCAGUUGAUGUACUAUUACGUGAAUUUCAUGUUCUAAAGCCCCCUUCUGCUACAUUUGUUUUUGUUCAUAAAAGCAACCUUUGUACAGGCUCAUGCAUCAUUAUUUAUAUUUGGAGUUAGUUUUCUGUA